AUGGCCGACAAGGAAUUCACCUACUCGGACGUGUCGGAGCACAACACGAAGAAAGACCUCUACAUUGUCGUGCAUGACAAGGUGUACAAUGCGAGCAGCUUCGUGGACGAGCACCCCGGAGGCGAGGAAGUCCUCCUUGAUGUAGGCGGCCAGGACUCAACGGAGGCAUUCGAGGACGUAGGACACAGCGACGAGGCGCGCGAGAUCCUUGAGGGUCUGCUGGUCGGCAACUUGAAGCGAUCGGAGGGUGACCCCAAGCCCAAGUCAUACGCGCAGGCCAACGCCUCCGUCGCCAACGCUGAUGGCGCCUCUGCCGGCAUCGGCCUCUACGCCAUUGUACUCGUUGGCGCGGCUCUUGCUUUCGGUGCUUACAAGUACCUGCAGACGCAGCAGGGUGAGCAGUAG